GGCGCUUUCUAGUGUGGUUGAGGGCGCUGGGCGGCGGUGGGCGGUGACCGUCCGCCUCCGCCAGCCUCCGCGGGGUGGCCUCCAUUCGUCUCGUGUGGAGCCCGGAAAGCGAAGCCGCUCUGGGAAGUUAGUUCACCGACUCCCCGGCCCUAAGCUUUCAGAUUGAAAAGAAGAAUUUCCCAAAUCCUCCGGAAGCCGGAACCCACGCUCUACCUCACAGCGGAUGUCCGCAGCCGCCAAGAAGCUGGGCUCUGCGGAUCAGAUUGGGUACAGGUUAAUCAGGUAGAGUGGGAGAAAGAAGACACUGUCUCUGAAGAAAAAGUGAGCUCUCUUAAGGCAGGUCAGAUUCUGAGACACAUCAUGAGCAGUUUUGAAGAUGCUGAUACGGAAGAGACCGUGACUUGUCUCCAGAUAACUGUUUACCAUCCUGGCCAGCUGCAAAGUGGAAUAUUCCAAUCAAUAAGGUUUUAUAACCGAGAAAAACUUUGCUCCAGUGAAGUGGUGAAAUUUGGCCGAAAUUCCAACAUCUGUCAUUAUACCUUUCAGGAUAAACAGGUUUCCCGAGUUCAGUUUUCUCUGCAGCUGUUUAAAAAGUUUGAUAGUUCAGUUCUCUCUUUUGAAAUAAAAAAUAUGAGUAAGAAGACCAGUCUCCUUGUGGACAACAAGGAGCUGGGCUACCUAAAUAAAACAGACCUGCCUUAUAAGUGCAUGGUCAGAUUUGGUGAGUAUCAGUUCCUGAUGGAGAAGGAAGAUGGAGAGUCCUUAGAAAUUUUUGAGACUCAAUUUAUUUUGUCACCAAGAUCACUCUUGCAAGAAAACAACUGGCCACUACAGAAGCCCAUACCUGAGGAUGGCAGUUACUCAUCCUGUUGCACCCAAAACACUUCUCCUACAGAAAUGGAUGAGAAUGAACUGUGAACACAGAGGGGCUAAGAGGAGUCAUGAAGGAUGAAGAAAUCUGUAGACAUUUUAUGGAUACUUCGGUUUAUUGGUGUAUUACUGUCAUCUGUUGUCAAAUUUGGGAUCUCUUAUUAUCAUUUUGAAAGUCUUUAAAUUGUAUUAGUCAUCAAUUUAGUCAUCUGUUGCAUUCCUAGAUGUAUUUAGGAAUUAUUAAGUGUAUUAUUAAGAAUUAAGUGUACAUCUGUGAGGGUUAAUGUACAAGAAGUACCCGUGGUGAUGAAGGAAUAGUGUUCUCAAUAAGGAUGUAUUAUUUUCUUCUUAGGCUUGCUUUUAGUCCUAUGUUUUGUUUUGUAAGGAACCAUCGCUUGGUUUGGUCAUAUUUCACAAGCAGCCAUUUGUUUUCAAGGUCAAGGUUAUGAGCAGCUUGUUACUGGUGGUGUAGCCUGUUGGUACUUGCAGUACUAGAGUACUAACAUAAUGUGUUUUGGAAUAGUGCCAAUGCAGCAUUGUGGUUUUUAUAUAGGAAGCCCUAUUUGAGCAAUAAUACCUUUUCUAUGAUUUCCUUUCUGUAGAAUAAUAGUGUUUAUUUCCAAAAAUACAGUUCUCCUUGUGUAUAUUUAGCAUUUAAAACCAGUAUUUUGGACAUUUUAAUGAACCAUUGCUAUGUUUAGAAUUCUUUUUCAGUUUUCUUACCAAAUAUUAACUUUUAUAUACCACACAUUUUUAAACUCCAUGAAUUCAAAAUUUUAACAGCUUCCAUGCAUAUAAUAAAGUCAAAGUUUAAUU